AUGGCCGUACCCUCCCUUGAGGAGCUGGACUCCUUCAAGUACAGCGACCUGCAGAACUUGGCCAAGAAUCUGGGCCUCCGGGCUAACCUGAGGGCAGACAAGUUGUUAAAAGCCUUGAAAGCCCACCUUAAACACGAGGUAAAAAAAGAAAAUGAUAAUCGGGAUGGAAGUCAAACUUCUGCAUCGUCUUGUGACCAGGCUGAGAUGCAGAGCGGCAGCCAGGAACAAGCUGAGAGGGAGCCGAUUGGCCAUGGCACCAAAACCAGGAGAAGGUGCAGGACGGUCCACAGGAACCCUGACUCCCAGCAGCAUGAUUCAGAGAUAAAAACAAGUGAUCACACUGAAUUGCAGAAUCAAGAGAAGCAGGAAAACCAGGAUCUCAGAACAGUUGCUGAAGUUCCUUCACCACCAGAUGAAAGCCAAGGAGAGGAGAAUGCCAUUUCCUCAGGAAAAAGAAGAAUAAAUGGUAAUGAAGAUUCAAAGAUACCUUCAGAAAGAAAGAAGCCUCUCUACACAAAUGGGUUUUCCAAAUCUGGAAAAAGCAAAAGAAAUAAAAGCACUACUCCAAACUUUAAGAAGCUUCAUGAGGCUCGUUUUAAGGAAAUGGAGUCCAUUGAUCAAUAUAUUGAGAGAAAAAAGAAACAUUUUGAAGAACACAAUUCAUUUAAUGAACUGAAAAAGCAGCCGGUCACCAAGGGAGCGGUGGUGACUCCAGUUCCUCUCUGGGGAAGGCUCCCCAUGGCUUGUACUCCCACCAGCCAGCGCCACUCGCAGGGCCGGCCCCUGGCCGCUGCAGGCCGGAGCACCUUGUGUGGGAAGGGCUCCGCCAAGCCAUCCGUUCUCUGGGCAACUAAAAUGAACGUCAGGUUUUCAGCUGCUACCAAAGAUAAUGAGCGUAAGUGUUCACUGAUCAAGACUCCAGCCAGAAAGUCUCCACAUGUGACCAUACCUGGGAGUACCCCAAAAGGCCAGGCUGUGCUCAGGACAUACAAGUUAAAGACCACAGAUGGAAAUUCUGCUUCUGUUGUUACCCCAUUAAAACUGACAACUCAGGCAACACAGACUUCAGUCUCCAAUAAGAAGCCAGUGUUUGAUCUCAAAGCAAGUCUGUCUCAUCCCCUCAACUAUGAGCCACACAAAGGCAAGCUGAAACCUAAAGAAAAUAAUUCUCUGAAGGAGCAUGUAAACAGAGUUAGCUUCCACAAGAAAACUUACAAACAACCUCCUCUCCAGACUAGGGAGGAACAACGAAACAACAUGAGCAAAGACGAAAGGAGAAGAAAGCAAAGGUUUUAG